GACUUCCUCCGGGGUCAUGAAGGAAGUUAUUUCCGGGUCGUGUAAUGUGGUGACGUCUUGACUGGUUUAUACCACAGCUGGUGAACAUCGCGGACUACACACCAAAGAAGAACUAGGAAACUGACUCUAUUUAACCAGAAUAACGGAGUCAUCGUCAAAGGCUCCACGCGUCGCGGUCAUCUUCUUCCGCUCCUCGCCCAGCGGGUCCACACCAGACAGUCAAGAUGGUGUUAGCAGAUCUCGGUAGAAAAAUCACCUCGGCGCUGAGGUCUCUCAGCAAUGCCACCAUCAUCAAUGAAGAGGUACUUAAUGCCAUGCUGAAGGAGGUGUGUGCCGCCCUCCUGGAGGCUGAUGUCAACAUCAAGCUGGUCAAACAGCUCAGAGAGAACGUCAAGUCGGCCAUAGACCUGGAGGAGAUGGCAUCAGGACUGAACAAGAGGAGGAUGAUUCAGCACUCAGUCUUUAAGGAGCUGGUCAAGCUGGUGGACCCUGGUGUGAAGGCCUGGACUCCAACCAAAGGGAAGAACAACGUCAUCAUGUUUGUCGGAUUGCAGGGCAGCGGGAAAACCACCACCUGCUCCAAGCUGGCCUACUACUACCAGAGGAAGGGGUGGAAGACGUGCCUCAUCUGUGCCGACACCUUCAGAGCCGGGGCCUUUGAUCAGCUCAAACAGAACGCUACCAAAGCCAGAAUUCCCUUCUACGGGAGCUACACGGAGAUGGACCCAGUGGUCAUCGCGGCAGAGGGUGUGGAGAAGUUCAAGUCUGAGAAUUUUGAGAUCAUCAUCGUGGACACCAGUGGCCGGCACAAGCAGGAGGACUCGCUGUUUGAGGAGAUGUUGCAGGUGUCCAACGCCGUGCAACCGGACAACAUCGUGUACGUGAUGGACGCCUCAAUCGGCCAGGCCUGCGAGGCCCAGGCCAAGGCCUUCAAGGACAAGGUGGACAUCGCGUCCGUGAUCGUCACCAAGCUGGACGGCCACGCCAAGGGGGGCGGAGCCCUGAGCGCAGUCGCCGCCACCAAGAGCCCCAUCAUCUUCAUCGGGACGGGAGAACACAUCGACGACUUUGAGCCCUUCAAGACACAGCCCUUCAUCAGCAAACUGCUGGGUAUGGGCGACAUCGAGGGUCUGAUUGACAAGGUUAACGAGCUCAAACUGGACGAUAACGAGGAGCUGAUCGACAAGCUGAAACAUGGUCAGUUCACACUCAGAGAUAUGUACGAACAGUUCCAGAACAUUAUGAAGAUGGGCCCCUUCGGACAGAUCAUGGUGAGUGGAUGGAUCCACACUCUGUGUGUGUGUGUGUGUGUGUGUGUGUGUGUGUUAGGGUUGGGAUUGCAGUGUAUAACCGAUUGUUUCCUGGGGUUGUUUCAGGGCAUGAUCCCCGGGUUCGGAACAGACUUCAUGAGCAAAGGCAACGAGCAGGAGUCCAUGGCCAGACUGAAGAAGCUCAUGACCAUCAUGGACAGCAUGAACGACCAGGAGCUGGACAAUAAGGACGGGGCCAAGCUGUUCAGCAAGGCGCCCAACAGGAUCCAGCGCGUGGCGCGGGGCGCGGGCGUGGCCCCCCGGGACGUCCAGGAGCUGCUCACGCAGUACACCAAGUUCGCCCAGAUGGUCAAGAAGAUGGGCGGCAUCAAGGGGCUCUUCAAAGGAGGAGACAUGUCCAAGAACGUCAACCCCUCUCAGAUGGCCAAACUCAACCAGCAGAUGGCCAAGAUGAUGGACCCCAGAGUUCUACACCAUAUGGGUGGGAUGGCCGGCCUCCAGUCCAUGAUGAGACAGUUCCAACAGGGCGCCGCUGGCAACAUGAAGGGCAUGAUGGGGUUCAACAACAUGUAACCACGGCUACGGCUCGACGCUUGACCAAUUAAAAAUGCUGAAGGAGCGAAGACGAGGAGGAGGAGGAGGAGGAGGAAGAGCUGUGGUGGAGACGGCAGUAACAUCCCAUAAUACUGUCUGUUAGAGCAGGGGCAGUUGCAGAGGUGAUAGUUUUAAUUGUAAAGAGGAGCAUAAGGCCUGAUCUCACAGGCCCUAAUAUAAGCUGCUGUCGGCGGACGGCCGGGCAACACUCAUUGUAAGAUGUAUUCGUCAUGUUGUAAUUAAAGUUUGUACACCAUA